AUGUAUAAAAAUCUAACCCAAUCCUCACUAUCAGAAGACUCCAACGACUCAGAGAUUUCUACCUCCAGCAAACAAAGCACCUCCUCAAAGCGUUUUCUUGACGGCCUCAACAAUGGCCGAGCCGCUCUUCACGAAUUUUCAGAUUUAAAAAAACAGUUAAAAAGCGACUCUUCCUCACAUUUAUUAUUCCUUUACAACACAGCUGACCCUCAUCAGAUUUAUUAUGAAAAUAUAAAAAAUCACUAUAAACGCAGAACUGAGGAAAAUGAUUUUGAAAGUGUCGGGGAAGAAGGGACUGCCCAGAUAAUUCAUAGCCCAGUGGUGAAGAGAGGAAAGUCUGUAGACUGUGGAAAUAAUAAUGAAAAUAAUUCUAGCCACGUCCCAGAAACAUUGCAGAAAUAUAGGAAAAGAAUAGAAGGCCAGAAUAAGAAUAUGGGCAAAAUCAUGAAUUUUAAAAAUAAAUUUGAGGAAUUGGAAGAAUUGAAAAUUCUGAGGGAAAAAAAUACCAAAAUUAUGGACGAAAAGAAUAAAAUCGAAAUUGAGCUAGUGAAAGUGUCGAAAUUGGCAAAAGAAUUUGAGAUGAGAUGCAGGGAAAAAGAAAUUGAGAUCGGAAGCUUAAGGAAGAGCUUGGAGCUGUAUGAUCAAAAUUCAAUAAAAGUGAAUUUAGAAUUGAAACUGGCUAAGGAAAGCUUAAUUGGGUAUACAAAAGAAAUUAAUGCACUGCAUAAAGAAGUUUUGGAGGUGAAAGCCAAGCUUGAAUGUGUAGAAAUAGAAAAAUUUAAUUUGAGGCAAGAUUUAGAUAAUGCAAAUGAAGAAAAUAGAAGCUUGAAAGAAACAAUCAAAAAUAUCGAAAAUGCGAGUUUAGCAAAAAACGAACAAAAAGCAAUUAAAAAUUUAUCAAAUAUAAUUCUCUCAAAAGAAAGAAAUGAUAAUCGAGUCAAAGCGCUGGUUCCAGACAAUAAAGAUCUCGAAUCUAAGCUAAAAGUAGCUGAAGCUGAUCGUGACCAGUUUAAAAUUCGCUAUUACACUACAUUAGAAACUUUAAAAGCUACUGAUGAGUGAAUUCUUGGGAUAAUAGAAUUAAUUCAUUAUGGGAACUCGAGAACUGCAAUAGAGGAGUUCUUAAGGACCCAAACAGACUUUGAAGAACAAAUAAAAUCCACAAACCAAGAACUCCUGGGCUUCAAUGAACCCUCUUCAGACAGAUCCUACAGCUCCCCUCUGAGCAAAACAAGCCUCCAAAGCCCAGUCCUUUCAUAUGAUCAAGAACUAAAAUCCCUCACACUCCAACUUUUGCAUGAAAAAGAAGCCAAAAAAGAGCUUGAAGACACACUAAAAAUUUUUCAAGAAAACUCAGAAAAGUCACAAAUUUCUAAUAUUUUGGCUUACCUGCAGUGCCAAGCUUCUGUAAUAGAAGAAUGCUUACAAAGUGAGGAAUGUGAUGAAAUUCCCAGCCUUUAUAAAUAA